AUAUUCUUCGUGAGCUUAACACCUAAUUAGGCCCGCUCUCUAAGUCGUAGAGCAGCAAAUAGGGCAGCAAGCAGGGCAGCAAGCAGAAAUACCAUCACCAUGGGGCUGCUCGUUCAUCUAGGCCUACGCCGUUCCAGCAAAUGGGAGCGUCCGACUAUACUAGAUUGGCUCCUAGAGGCACCCCUUCAGGGGCUCAUCUUCCAUAUAUACCACAUAAUCUUAUGGCUACGCAGCAACCGAACUAGGCCGCCACGGGGAAAGCAUCCCAUCAAGAUUGUAUGCUUAUCAGAUACGCACGAGUCUAUCGUUCAAACCGUUCCUAAUGGUGACUUAUUAAUCCAUUGUGGUGACCUGGUGAAUGACGGUAAAGCCGCCUCCAUUCAAAGGCAGAUCGACUGGCUGGCCUCUUUACCGCACCAACACAAGAUUGUUGUCUGUGGUAACCACGAUAGUUGGUUCGAUAUUAACUCUAGGACGGAGGAAGACAAGCUCAAUGGUAAUUCUGUUGAUAUGAGAACAAUACAUUAUCUUGAGCAUAAAUCCGUCACCCUUGACUUUCAGGAUGGACGCAAAUUGAAUAUCUAUGGUGCCCCUGAUAUCCCCGAGUGCGGUGGGCCUGAUAAUGCAUUUCAAUACACAUCAUAUCAGAACCCGUGGGAAGAUGCUGUACCUAUGGAUACAGAUAUUCUUGUAACGCAUACUCCGCCAAAACAUCAUCUGGAUCUAUCUCUUGGUUGUCCUCAUCUGCUUCGAGAAAUAUGGCGGAAGAAGCCCAAAGUGCACAUGUUUGGCCAUAUCCACUGCGGCCGGGGGUUGCAGCACGUGUUCUGGGAUGAGUGUCAAGAGCAGUACGAGAGAGCCAUGUCCCGUCCGAAGCCAGGGCUUUUCUACAACGUGCUUGACUACCGAGCCUGGAUAGAUGUAUAUCGAGUGCUAUAUUACGGCAUAAUCAGCAUUUUAUGGCACUGGCUAUUCCUCGGCGGAGACGCAAACCGGAGCAUCCUGAUCAAUGCUGGUAUGCAGAACGGAAAUUCGGGGAAAUUGACUAAAAAAGCCCCUAUAACGAUCACAAUUUGAGACCAUAGGAAAGCUGCGCGGAGGCUUAUUGGUAAGGAAUAGCACCCAGGUGGUAAUUAAACCCUUGUCCUAAGUUAGCAAGCGGGUUUAUACCACAGGGGCUCGAUGCCGUCAUACCCGGGUCAAGGGCAGACAUAUUGGCUUAAUAACGGAAUACCGUGCCGGUUUGGAUAUAGGUUGAAAAGUUGAAAGCGACAUUUCGUGAAUACCGAAAUAGAGGACGAAGAUAUCAUAUUUGAUGGUUCAAGAAAAGUGUUUACUGGGU